AUGUUGAACUCUCAGGUCACGGUGGAAUGUCUGACCCCUGAUUUCCGAGGAGACCUGGCAGCAGUGGAGAAGAUCGCCCAAUCAGGGCUGGACUUUACGCCCAUAGAGGUACGGAAUAGACACGUCCGUGAUCCGCGGGCGAACAUCGACCAAUCCCUGAAUGUCCUGCGUCACGCCAAGGCCGUCAAACCAGACAUUCUCACCAAGACCUCCAUCAUGUUGGGUCUCGGAGAGACGGACCGGCAGAUUUAUAACACACUGACUGAGCUGAGAGAGGCAGGAGUGGAUUGUCUAACACUGGGACAGUACAUGCAGCCCACUAAACGCCACCUCAAGGUGGAGGAGUAUGUAACUCCUGAGAGGUUUGUCCACUGGGAGGAGGUGGGGAAGGAGAUGGGAUUCGUCUACACAGCCAGCGGACCCUUAGUGCGCUCCUCAUACAAAGCAGGUGAGUUCUUCCUGAAGAAUCUGUUAGAGAAGAGGAAGGCAGCGGCAGAAUAACCUGAUCACCUGGA